GUGACGGCAAGUAGUUGUUCUUUAGUGAACCAUGCGUGCAGAUGUACUUGGUUUCUAUUUAAAAGUAUUCACAGGGCCGUGAAUGCUGCACAGUGAUUCUUAAUAUCUUUCACACGUUUUAAUGUUGUUUUCUCUCGAAAAGCGUUGAAUUGUGCAUUAAGACCAGGCGAUACACAUUUUUUGGCGAAUCGAUACGCCGCUACUUGAGACAACGCCUGUCUUCGAUCAAAAGAAACUAUGUUUAAGUUGAUUACAUCACGUCUCGCUCAGCAAACACUACGGAAAAGCUUUGGUACACGCUGUUGGCUGGUGGAAGCUGUUGAUGGCAAAGGUAGCAUUCCGCCACAACAGACCCGGAGGAUUCAUAGCAUCUCCCGGAAUUUGUCCACAUCCCAGCCAAACCUACAGAAAGAUGAAGUUGAAAUCACAUUCGUACGCUCGGACGGAGAGCGGAUAAAGGCCAAGGGUAAAAUCGGCGACUCCCUGCUGGAUGUGAUUGUCAACAAUCAGAUAGACCUGGACGGCUUCGGUGCCUGCGAAGGAACGUUGACUUGCUCAACCUGCCAUUUGAUAUUCUCUCAGGCCGAUUACGAUGCCCUGCCGGAAAAACCUGGUGACGAAGAGCUGGACAUGCUGGAUCUGGCCUUUGAGCUGACCGAUACCUCUCGGCUGGGAUGUCAAAUUAUGCUGAACAAAAACAUGCAGGGGAUGGAAGUGAGGGUGCCCGCGACGAUAAACGAUGCCAGGAGCAGCUAAUGGGGGUCUGCUGCAGACACAGAUGCACAUUUCGUUAGAUAGUUACAGAUUUGCUAUGGUAUGUUCCUGCUUGCUAUUAUUUUUAUUAUGUUGUUGUACAGAUGUUGAGAGAUUGGGCCGUAUGUAGUCUAUAGAUAAUUGAGAACGAGAAAACCAUAUGAAAAUUCAAGCUAUUUUUGUUGGCCUGGCAAAAAGUGACUUGACGAGUCAUGGUGCUGCCUGAGUUCAACUUGAAACGCGGUAUUUUCAAAUGUCGAAUGAACAAAUACAUUUUUAAGCAAAAUUGAGCGAAAUGCGAG